AUGUGCAUCAAAUAUUUUGCAUUUGCUCUUCUUUGGUUUCCUGGAGUGCUGCACGCACAGAGCACCACACAGGCCUGUGAUGCUCCCACACUGGACGGUGGCUUCUUUGCCCCAAAGCAAGAGACUUACUCUCACGGCACCAAGCUGAGCUACACCUGCAACGAAGGACGUAAGCUAGCAAUGAAGGGUUGGUGGGCAACCAGCACAUGUCACAAUGGAAGAUGGUCUCAUCAGCCACAGUGUAUAGAAAGCACAAAUGCGUGCAGCGUGCCUCCUAAAAUCCCCCAUGCAGUCAUCGUUCAUCAGGACUACCAGGAAGUGUUUGCAGCAGGUUCAGAAGUGCAGUAUGAGUGUGAAGAUGGAUACACUGCAGAGGGAGCACACAACAAAAAAUCUGUUUGUACACAAGGAAGCUGGACACAAGGCCCGACCUGCACAUCUUCUAGCACCUCUGACUCAAAUAACAGAGACAACAGUCUUAUACCAGUAAACAUUCAGUCGUGUGGAGCCCGCCCAUACAUCGAAAAUGCUGUAAUUGUGGAAGAAGGUCCAAUGUAUUUGAAAUACCAGUGUAAUCGUUAUUACAAACUAGUUGGUCCAGAGGCUGUGAAUUGUUACAGUGAUGCUCACUGGUCCAAACUACCCACCUGUGAAGAAGCGUUCUGUGUGGUGGAUCCUGCUAGAUAUGCUCGUUAUGGUCUUGUAAAAACGUCAUCUGAAUACAUGCGGGAAGGAGAGACGAAGCCUUUUCCUUUUUCUCUUUUCCUGUAA